AUUCUUCACCCAAAUCGGUCGUGUUGUGUACGUGAUUAGGCGGCGCGAGUGUCUUCUUCAAACCUUGUAUGGCUAAAACGAAUCUUAGAAUCUUCAUAAUAUCCUAGUUCUCUGACAGUGUGCUAGGAGGGUGCGGCAAUCAGAGCAACUUCGGUGCAUAUUGUGUGUGUUCAGCUUUUCGUGUUUGGCGAAGAGGUUCUCAGCAUGACGCAUCGUUAAUGUGAGAAUCUGCUGCGAUCCGAUUCCGAUUGCAAUCGUAAUAAUUACACGCGGGUAGAGCAUAGAAUCGUCUAUUUGUUUGACAUCGGCAUUGAAUAGUUUGACAGAUCAGCUGCGUCCUGGUGUGCGUGCGGUGUGAACCGGAGCGCCUACGGUGUAUGGAUCAAUCAAUCAAUCAGAGGAUUUGCUUGAAGCUUAGGGCAUUUGUGUGGUUAGUGAGUUGAUAUUUGGAUUGUUAAAAUGGUUUCGACGACACGUCGACGAGAAUGGCUGGGGUCCCAGUCGUUACUGCCGGUAGUGGUUCUGCUGCUAACAAUCGCCGUAGAUGUUCAGGGUCAACAACAAGCUGCAUUACAGAAAUCUCCACUGCUCAAUGAUGGAUCGUUCAAAUAUGGGGCUAAAACAGGCUUCAGCUGCACAGGUCGUGCCGCUGGAUAUUACGCGGAUGUGGAAACUGGCUGCCAAAUAUACCACAUGUGCGAUGGAUUAGGACGUCAAUUUAGCUAUUCCUGUCCUAACACGACCCUCUUUCAGCAGCGAAUGCUAAUCUGUGAUCACUGGUACAUGGUCAAUUGUUCUAAGGCGGAAAGCAACUACGCAGCUAACCUAUUGAUUGGGCAACGGGACAAACCCUUUGUUGGUGAAGAUGAGAAUGAAAUUCGAACACCCCGUCCGGACUUGUUGGAUCGGCCCUACUCUGCCAGCUUUGCUGGGCAACCGAUCAUGUAUAACUUUAUCAAGACAAAUACCCAAGCACCACAAAAUGCCAUAGGAUCGGACAGGAAGGCUCAAGUUACUAAAUCACCUUCAAGCAAGGGUAAGCCUGCGGAAAUUUUCGAAGAGAGCGCCAGCAAUCACGGCUUACCGAUCCACUGGGGAACGCGAUAUGCCAAAGUGGAUGGUGACCAGGAAAAGGUCGAUCAAAAACAAUCUCUGGAUACCCCUAAAACUACUGCCAUUCCUCUCAACGUAGAGGAAGAACAGCUUCAAAAUAACAAAAUCAAUGGACGACGAAAUGUUAAAGAGGAUGAAACAAAAGACGAGAGUCGAAAUACGGUUCGCUUUGCAAGCAGUGAGAAUCGUACCAGUAAAGUGGUGGAUACAAAACCUAGUACAACCAACGUAAAUAGUACUCCAGUGAAGGUUCCCUCCAUACGCUAUGAGCCUCCUUUUACUCCCGAUGAGCAAAAAAGAAGGGGGAGUAACAACAAGGAAUCCCUGGGAGCCGAUUUCAAGCCAUUCGAAACAUUACUGAAUUUUAACAAGAAAGGAAACCGUAAGGAUUACGAUUUCUCAAACUUUUUCACGCGAAAUGAAAGUAUUCGAAAUACGGCUUCUACUGCAACCUCAACAGUGGCAACUAGUACAACUGAAAGAUCUUUCAGUACCCCUAGACCGCCAAUUACAACUAGAUUUACUGCAGCACCUCGGCAAACCAGUUUUAAUACUGUCUUCAGUACAACUUCGAAACCAACUACAGCGCCAAUCCCGGACUUGCAACUUCCAACAACUAAUUCAGCCCAGUUUGUUCCAAGAACAGGAUCGCCAUUUCAACCACUGGUUAGAACUACGGUCCCUACCAACGCUCCCUCCAGCGCUAUUCCAUCGUCAACAGUAGAGCCCCGUAUUCUUCCUGACCCACGACAAUCGAACCUCCCUCCUCGCACCAUCCUGUUCAAUGCUCCAGCUGCUACCGCGGGACUGUUCGAAAACCGAUUUGCUCUGCAGCGACCUCCUGUGAUCCCAGCGACAGUCCCAAUCCCAUCCACGGAAAUUCUUCCACCUUUUGCUAAUCUCGCAAAUUACGACGUAAUCAAAACCCAGUACGUUAGCCAACCAGUGUUCACACGUCAACCCAUCACGAGCGAUCCAUCGGGAGGACCGAUCAAUACCGGAAUUGAUAAGCUAGCGGAGCAAACUCCAAUCCAAGUUCGCAAUGACAACAUUCCUCGGCCUUUUAGCAUUCCAACUCCAUCCAACGAAGUCCUUCCUCCUAAGAUAGACUACGUCUUCUACGAUGACGCAACUACGCAAGGUCCGCCAAUCUACUACCAGUGGAAGUGGUCGAUUCCAUCAUACGGAUUGGAUCCUCCCUUGGAUGUUCCCCUCAGUGAAGACGAUAAACUUUCAUCACAGUUAAACCCAGCCUCUCCGGAACACUCGUCCGACUCGAUCCGUGAACAUAACCAAACCGCCCGCUCCAUUUCGUCUGAAACGGGCAAUUUUGGCGAAAAUCAAUCUACCACCAACACCGUCGUUGACUCACCCAGGUUGAGGGCUCCAGCUCCAACGCAUAACUAUUUGGAGCUUCGCAAGAAUUUUGCCAUUCCUGAUUUCACUUUUCCGCUAGAGAGUGAAGCCAGCUCCAGCGGAGCCUACGAACGGGACGGAGCUGUUAACUCGUUUCAGGUUAGAAUUCCUUCGUACACCCGAAGCGAUAACAACAGCAGCACGACGUGGUACGGUGAAAACGUAAAGUGCCCCCACUGUCACCCAGCCUUUCUGAGGCCCGGUACGUGUGAACCCUGCGUGAAAAUAAGAAGAUAAACUAACGCGCCGUACUUCAACGCUUCGUACCUCCUCCCCCCACCAUUCCAAUUUUCCUUAAGUAGAUGUAUUAUCCGUAGGCGAUAACAAAGAUGAGUUGAGUUUCAACCGACGAUUUUCAAAUAUUCAACCGCCGUUAGAUCUAGUGUAAGUUCACUUAGUCUGUCCAGUAAAUGCAUUCGACGGUUAGAGAUAAGAUACAGUAGAGAACCCGUGUGCACGAGAAGAUCAUUCUGCAGAUUAUGGUCUCAACCCUUUUCCAUGCGAAUAACCGAAUCCGUUGCCGCUUCGUUGAAUAACAACCAUCGAACAAACUAAUGUCCUGAUGAUCAUGUUAGGCGAGAUCAUGAUUAUCUCCAGAAUGAUCUAAACAAUAUAGUUAGGCCCAAAACAUUACUACAGCAAAUUGUACAUACACUCCCUCUCCUAUUCUGUACCAUGACAAAAGAGAAAAUAAAAUCGACGU